UUUUGUUUUUUUUUUUGUUGUAUGUCAUAAUUUAAAUAUAGGAAAAAUUCGGAAUACUUGGAAUUGGUGUCUGCCAAAAUAUUGUUUGAAUAAUUUUUUGUUUCUUUUUUUUUUACUGUAAAUUCUGCAUCUUUACUAAAGAUUUCAUUCCUAAUCAGCGUAACUGUUCGGCAAUAUUUUAUGUAAAAUGGCACGUUUAGUGUUUGCGGAAAAGGGUGUUGUAAGGCCUCGGCGUAGUAGGAUGAUAAAGAACAUUGGUUGGCGUAGUGUGCGUUUAUUAUUAGAACCCUCGACACGUAAAUGGUGGGAGGAUCCUGAUGUCGUAGUUGCUUUCAAUUUGCCUCGUAUUAGCGCUGCUUUGGAACGUUUGAUGGGCACAAACGUUGUACGGCUCACUGAUCGCAAUUAUAUGAAAGAAUUACGCGAACGUAUCGAAGAUGAUUAUCGUCAACAAUUAAAUAAACGUAUAUGUGCAAGAGAACUUAAAGAGCUUGAACGUGAACGUAUUUUAAUUAUUGAAGGUCAAACAGAUACCAUUCCGAUUGAACUGUCCGAAGACCCUAUAUUUGUAGUCAAUAAGAAAGCGAGUGUUGAAAUCAAAAAAGCCAGAGCUAAGUUAAAGACUAAUCGAGAGAAGAAUUCGGAACGCUUGAAAUUACAAGGUGUUAAGUGGGAGCGCGAACGUUUGCAGCAUGAAGAGGAGGAGAGAGCGCACAUAGAUAUAAUGCGUGAACGCUAUAAGGAGCAAGAGGCUUUAGAAGAGAAAUUCAAACAGGAAGACGCCGUGGCGGGUAUGAAUUUGUUAAGAAUCGACAACGAAGACUGGCGUCCAUGCGAGGCGAAUCUUAAAAAUUUCUUAGAACAAGAAAGAGCUAAAAUGAAAGAGCGUUCAUUACGUGUACCGACACCAUUUACAUCGGAUCCCAAAGAUAUGCAAACUAUUUUAAGAGAAAAGAAGAAAGCUAAAACCAAGGCUAUCCCGGGCCUGAAGCAAAUAAUGGCGCCUGAAGUUGUCGGAAAGCUGGAGCCUUCAGAUGCAGAGGCUAAGAAGCAGCCAAGCAAACACGAUAAAGACGAUAUCAGCGUGGAACAUAUACCCGGUUUCGGCUUGGAUUUGACUGAGGAUGACUUGGAUCAUGAAAACAAUCGAAAAAAUCUUGCUUCAGAUGAUGCUUCUGAUAUGUCCUCCGGAGAAUCAUUUGAAGAAGGCAGUACGAUCAGUAUGGCUAAACAACGUUAUGCUCUCAUGCUGCAAGAGGAAUUAGAAAAUGAUGUUGCUAGUGGUUUGCUAAUCUCUAAAGAACAAUACGAUCAUUUACGUUACGAAGAUGAGAAAAUUUUACAGCUAAGGAACGCUAGAGAUAUACGCGAACUGUAUCAAUUGGCUGAGGAGAUAAUAAUGGGUGAACGAGUGGAAGAAAUAGUCGAAGAAGAGGAAACCGAAGGAGAAGGAGAAGGCCAUGAAGAUUACGAACACGAUCUUGAAGAGCCUUAAACAUUGCUUCACUUACGUAACAAAAAUAUUUUACAACAAAAUUUCCAUUUUUAUUCCCA